UCCAGCAGGAGGCCCCAGCUCAGUCCCCUGUCCCCCAGCACGCCCCAGCUAUGUCUCCUGAACCCCCUAAGGAGGUGGAACUUUCUCCCACACAGCAGGAGGCCCCAGCUCAGUCCCCUGUCCCCCAGCAGGCCCCAGCUCUAUCUCCUGAGCCCCCUAAGGAGGUGGAAUCUUCUCCCACACAGCCAGAGGCCCCAGCUCAGCCUUCAGAGCCCCCUCAGAAGGUAGAACCAUCUCCAGCCCAGCAGGAAACCCCAGCUCAGCCUCUACAACUCCCUGACAAAGUAGAACCUUUUCCAGUCUCUCAAGAGACUCAUUCUCAGCUUCCACAGUCUCCUGAGAAGGUAGAAUCCUCUCCAGUCCUGCAAGAAGCCCCAUCUCUACCUCUAGAGCCCCUUAAGGAGGUAGAACCUUCUCCAACCCAGGAGGAGGCUCCAGCUCAGCCUCCAGAACCACCUAAGGAGGUUGUAGCACAACCUCCAGUCCACAAUGAGGUGACCGUUCCACAUCUAGGACAAGAGCAAGCUCAGCCUUCAAACCUGCCCAGUGCCACUGUUCAACCUGUUGACCUGGAGCUUACUGUAACUCCAGAACCUACUACAGAGGCUGAGCAUUCCAUGGCCCCGCAGCAGACUCUAUCUCUUCCAGAGGACCCCGAGGUGACACUUCCAAAUCCAGAGCACGUUCAGGCUCAGCAACCAAAUUUGACCGAAGUCACAGUUCAACCUUUAGACCUGGAGCUUACCGUAGCUCCAGAACCCACUACAGAGGUUGAACAUUCUACAGCCCUGAAGAAAACUCACCCAACUUUGGCUGAAGUCACAGUUCAACCUUUGGACCUGGGGCUUACCAUAACUCCAGAAUUUACUAAGGAGACUGAACUUUCUCUACCUACGCAGGGGACCCCAAUUCAGCCUCCAGAGCCACCUAAGGAGGUUGUUGUAGCUCAAUCUCCGGUAUAUCAGGAGGAGAUUGUUCAGACACCAGGUCAAGAUGAAGCUCAGCAUCCAUCAUCACCCAGUGUAACAGUUCAACCUUUGGACCUGGAACUUACUGUAAGUCCAGAACCCACUACAGAAGUUGAACAUUUUACAACCCUAAAAAAGGCUACAUCUCCUCCAAAAGACCUUGAGGUGACACUUGCACAUUCAGAGCAGGUUCAGUCUCACCGUCCAACCUUAAAUAAAGUCACAGUUAAACCUUUGGACCUGGAACUUACCAUAAGUCCAGAAUCUACUACCGAGGUUGAACCUUCUCCAGCCAUGCAUGAGACCCCACAUCAGCAUCCAGAGCCGCCUAAGGAACUUGUAUCUCAACCUCCCGUAUAUCAAGAGGCAGCAGUUCCAACACCACGUCAGGAUCAAGCUCAGCAUCGCUGGUCACCAAAUGGGACAGUUCAACCUUUGGACCUGGAGCUUACCAUAACUCCAGAAUCUACUACAGAGGUUAAACAGUCUACAACCCUGCAGCAGACUACAACUCCUCCAAAGGACCUUGAGGUGACAUUUCCACAGUCAGAGCAGGUUCGGGUUCAGCAUCCAGCCUUAAAUAAAGUCACGGUUAAACCUUUGGACCUGGGGCUUAUCAUAACUCCAGAACCUACUACAGAGACCGGAACUUCUCCAACCAUGCAACAGACCCCAACUCAGCCUCCAGAGCCACCUAAGGAGGUUGUAGUUCAAUAUCCAUUCCAUCAGGAGGUGACAGCUCCAGCUCCAAGUAAGGAUCAAGGUCAGCAUCCAGCGUCACCCGGCACCACAUUUCAUCAUGUGGACUUGGGGCUUACCAUUACUCCAGAGCCUAUUAUGGAGGCUGCACAUUCUACAACCACGAAGAAGACUACAGCUCCUCCUCCAAAGGACCUUGAG